AUGUUGAAAUUACUUGAGAGUCUUGCGUCGGGCAAGUUGACAUCUGUUGAGGUUACGUUGGCUUUCUCCAAAGAGCUGCAAUUGCCCGGCAACUGGUUGCUUGACGAAAACCUUCUUCCAACAAGCGCAAGAGAGAGCACAAUACCUGGACGACUUGCGCAUGCAAAUCUUCGUACGGGAAAGACCUCUAACAGCUUGAAGUCGGCGGGUUCAGACAACAACAUCUUUGGUCGUGUGUUGAACCCUUGGAAUACGAUGCUUGGGGCCGGGGGAUCGAGCGGUGAAGAGGGCGUCCUCGUUGCAUCCCGGGGAUCGCCGCUUGGCGUUGGCACGGAUCUUGCGGGGUCCAUUCGGAUUCCGUCCUUGUGCUGCGGAACAGACGGGUUCAAACCAUCAGCUGGUAGAAUUACGGCAAUUUCCUUCGGAGGUCAACAAAGCGCACCCAUCGUUGCGGCAAUUUUGACACGUAUCUUGUACGACCGUGGCUGCUGGCUGUGUAACUCUUCCUGGAUGUUGGUUGGUGGCCUGGUUGCAGCCUCAUCUGCUGACUUGGCCAAAUUCCAUCACCGCUUCAAAUCCCACUCCGACUUCAUCAAACAGCAACGAGAGCAAAAGUUUUCCUGGAGGCGCGACGCCCCGAUGAGUUCUCCCCUGGAUCUCUGGGCGGAGGCCUUCAAGGCUCUGGAGCCGGAAACGCAGUCGCGGCUGAGCGAACUGGGCACCAGCCCGUUGAAGACGACUGAGGGAAUUCAACAAAUCAUCGACUCUGCCCGACAAAAAGAGACUGACUGCCGGAACAAGUUUGGGGUGUUCAAGAUCGGCAAACGUAAAUUGGAGCUCGGGAUUUGCUUCCACAAUAUUGUCAGUUGGCUCAACAUGUUCAAGGAGGUUGGCGACACUAUCGUGCAAUAUGACCCGGGUCAUGCCGCACUGCCAUGGGCUUUGUUCCGCUUCAUCUUACAGGCUGCGACCGUUCACCUGGCAGAUAUGGACAAUAUCCUAGAAAUCCUCGAGACGACUUCUCGUCUAAUCUACCACGGCCAUGUGCUUGAAUUCACCUAUUCCCCAACCACUAUGGACGUACAACAUCCACUAGCACAGCAAUCGCUUGAUCUGCUCAACAAAGCUCUGGUCACACUGUACACGGUUAUCCUAAGAAAUCUCGACUAUUGCUGCUCGAAAUCGAAACAAAACGCAAUUCGCCGCAGCUUCACGGGCACCCUCAAGCCCAAAGAAACUCAAGACCUCCUUGAUGAACUUGAGAAACAAGAACGCCUUGUGCUCCUUCGGGCAGAGGCCUGCAGGGGGUUGCUAGGUCACCAGGCUUCAGCUCAUUUACUGUCUCGCCUCGAUGACCUCUUGUCUUUCUGUCAGGAUCUGGAUCGAAAGGUCGUUGGACUCGUUGCGGUAGCCGCCGAAUUCGACCGGAUGCUUGUAUCUGUUGGUAAACAAGAAAAGCGUGAGACGCUCGAGUAUAUCUCAGACAUUCGAUACCAAUCACACCACAGCGACGUUAGCAUUGAAAGAACAGAGGAGACCUGUGAGUGGAUUUUACGAAAGAAGAGAUUCAUGGAAUGGUGUGAUGGACAGUCUUCAUCGGUAAUAUUACUAAAUGGAUAUGGCGGUGCCGGAAAGACAUUCCUUGCUUCCAAAGUGAUUGACCACGUCAACAAGGUGACGCAAUCUGGCCAGGCCAUGGCCUAUUUCUAUUGCAAACGGGACGAAAAAACACGACGAAAUCCCCUAGGAAUUCUCCGCAGCCCCAUUCGACAGAUCGCAUCGAUAUCGCACGACAAUGACAUGAUCCAUGGGGCAGUCCAAGAGCUUCGGAAUAAGCUGGAAAAAGACCAGUGCAGAUAUGAAUGCGAUGAUGAACCAUGUGCGGAAUUGAUGACGACUCUGCAAACUUUGAUGGCACAGUGCAGCAAUCUCAAACUCUUCAUCUCGAGCCGGCCCGACAGAGACAUCCAACGCUAUUUCGGAUCACAGCCUCUCAUUCAAAUCCAGGCAACAGACAACCAGAAUGAUAUCGGAAAAUAUGUCCAACACAAGCUAUCUACUGAUCGUCGCUGGGAGGAUGUGUCUCUGGAACUUCAGGAAGAGAUUCAAAGAGAAUUACUUCAGCGAAGCAACGGCAUGUUCCAGUGGGCUGCUCUUCAAAUGUCCCAGCUCUCGCAACUGAAGAUAAAAACCGAAGAAAGCAUCCGACAACGGCUGUGUCAUCUUCCGGAUGGUCUCACAGCUACCUACGACCAAAUAUGGGAGGCCAUCGACAGCUUGGAUCCCUACAAUCGGCGGGUUGCGUAUCGCGCAUGUCAAUGGGUAUCAUGCGCCAUGAGACCGCUGAGUACCGAAGAGCUUGCCGCAGCAAUCUUACUUGACCCGGAAAGUGACGAAAGAGAUAAAAUCAACCCCGUGCUCAAGAAGGAGGAUAUUCUCGAUCUCUGCGAGAAUCUCCUGACUCUGCAAAAAUGGGAGUCAGGCCGUGCCAAGGGAUAUGCAUGGGCUUUCUGCCACUUGUCCGCGAGAGAGGACUUCGAAAAAAGAAAAUUCAAUGAGCUUCAAUCGCAUAGAUUUGUGGCAAUGGCAUGUUUGAAAUACCUCACGACGAUAGACUGCGAUGAAGUUGACAUGAAGAUGCCACAUCGAGAUUGGCCAAUCGCAACUUAUAUCAGAAUUGCCGGUCUUCAACACGUUGUGACACAAGAAAAGAUUCAUGCAUUAGAGAGUGACAGAUUCAUGGUCCUUUUGAAACGCUUUUUUGGAUCUAUGCAGAGUGGGAGUCACGCAUACCAGGCCUGGGCCUCCAAGUUGGACUUUGGGCAAAACAAGAGAUUGUCCUCUCCCGUCUUUGCACUGUGUGCAUUCGGAUUUUACAAUCUUCUAUCCGACUGGCGUAAGGAUCCUGAAUUUGAUCUCAAUGGUUGCAAUGGCUGUGGGGAAUGCCUCUUGUCGUUCGCCAUCGAUUCCAGAGCGGAACCCAUUUGGCGCUUCUUGCUUUCCAAGAACGUCAACCUCGAGAAUGGUUACCUCCGGCCUUUACAUUGUGCCAUUGAGUCCAAUGACCUGGAACCCUUUGACGCUCUCAUUGCGGCCGGGGCUGAUGUUGACGUUGUCGGGGUUGGCGGUCGAUCUGCACUCAUGUUGGCUGUAGGGCUCGUCGCUCGUAGACCUAGACCUACAACGCCCCUGGAUCUAACCUUUGUGAAACGCUUGUUGGACGAAGGGGCUAAUCCAAACUUGGAAACCGUCGGUGGAAACGCCCUUAAGUAUGCCAUGUUGAUAAGAGGAAGCGAUCUUAUCGAGAUGCUCUUGGAGGCGGGCGCGAAACCUCCUCGAAUACUGUGCGCGUUGUUUGAAGCCGUCCGAGACGAUAAUGCUCCUUUGGUCCGACUUUGGAUUAGGAAAGGUGGCACUGCGAAGUAUCUCAACCGUAUCAGUCAGAUCUCAGAAGUAACACGGAUCUCUUGGUCUUCCUCAGGCAUCACGCCAUUCCGUUUGAGCAACGACAGACCUGAGGCCAGCCUCACUUUACUGCAGGAGGCUGCAGAGUUUUCCUCAAUGGACGUGGUUAAAUUUUUGCUGGAUGCUGGCGCUGAAGUGAACAUGGUGGUAGAUUCCAGAUGGGGUACGGCUUUAGCAGCGGCAGUGACCAAAUCUUUCCGCGAUCGCCAUGACAACUUGAAGCUUCUGCUGGCGGCUGGCGCUGAUGCGAACCUGAACGAUGGGCUACGCAGCCCCCUAACCUUGGCAGUGGCCAAUGGUGAUAUAAAGGCUGCCCAGAUAUUACUAGAUGCCGGGGCGAAGCCUAACCAGGUUUUCCCCGGUUGGAUGGAUGCGAAAAUCACCACUCCCGCGGACUUUCGUCUCAGUCAGCUGCGUACCAAAGUGGCUCCGACGGCUCUUUGUGGUGCUGUAGCCAGCAGUAUCGAUGCUCUCGUUGAGUUGCUCUUGAAGGCUGGGGCGGACCCCAACCUGGGCCCUCACCGCGACUGCACCGAAUCCUCGAGCCCGUAUUUCAGGUAUUCUUGGCGAGGUUCUGUGCAAACUUCUAGUCCAUGGGUCAAAAUGGGAGAAAGAAAUCAAUGGCUAAGUCCCCCCCUCAUCGCCACCAAGAACAAUGAUAUUGGUCUUUCCAAGAUUCUCUUGCGCGCCGGGGCUGACCCGAACGCCAUCCCUGGGGGUAAUUCCUCUAUCAGCCCACUCGCUGUGGCUGCAUUCAACGGGUUUUUGGACCAUUGCAAGCUCUUGAUCGAUGCUGGGGCCAAUCUCAACCUACCACCCCAUGCAUGCUUUCGAAACGUGUUGUUUGCCGCCACCUCUGGAUGCGAACACUUCAAGGCACGGUCGAUUUCACAUUGGACAUAUGAUGCUGAAUACAAUCUUUCCCCUGAGUUCAGAUUCAGCGAAGCAGCGUAUGCCGCGGCGAUUUUACUGUUUAUGCAGAAGGGCAUGGAACUCCCAAUGCCGAUUUACUCGAGCAUUCGCACUGUGGCCUUUGGUUACUAUCGGAGAGCAGGAGAAUCCUUCCACGCGGGGUCGAUUUGUGCAUUCCACCCGAGCGGCCAGUUCGACCAGUUCAAAAGUCUAGCUCCUGAAUGGUUUCGUAUUCUAUGGGCUCUCGAGACGAGUCCCUCGCCCCGACUUCCUCUCCGCUCAAGACUUGAGCGGUGUGGAUUUCCCCGACCUCUCCCUCGUUCUUUGCUUCUCGUCCUGAGGUUCAGAUCUCCCGCGAAGCAGCGGAUUGCGUGGGCCGCAACCAUCGCGAUCAACGGCGAGUGUUCGACUUCUGGAUUUGGAAAGUAUAGAGUUCAGCUACGCCAAAGAUAG